AUGGCACCCAAACACAUCAAGAAACCUUCUCCCAAAGCCUCAAACACAACCAAUGGCGCCUCAAUCGACGUUCCUCAAAUCGUAAAGGGCGUCAUCAACGACAUUCAAACCCAAGGCGACGCCGCCGUUCGCUCAUACAGCCAAAAAUUCGACAAUUGGACCCCGGACUCAUUCAAGCUUUCUGACACCCAAAUCCAAGAAAUCAUCGCCAAGGUCGACCCCCAGACCAUCGAGGACAUCAGAACAGCACAGCGCAAUGUACGACGCUUCGCACAGGCCCAGCGCGAGAGCAUCCGCGACUUCGAGAUCGAGAGCGAGCCCGGCGUCUUCCUCGGCCAGAAGAACAUCCCCAUCCAGAGGGUCGGCGCUUACAUCCCCGGCGGCCGCUACCCGCUCCUCGCAUCGGCGCACAUGACCAUCGUGACCGCGAAGGUCGCUGGUGUUCCACACGUCAUAGGCUGCACUCCUCCCAUCUCUGGCGAGAUCCCCAGCGCGACGGUGGCGGCCAUGCAUCUGGCCGGGUGCGACGAGAUCUUCAUCUUGGGCGGUGUCCAGGCCGUGGCUGCCAUGGCUGUGGGCACGGAGACGGUGGCCAAGGUGGACUUCAUCGCCGGGCCGGGAAACGCGUUUGUUGCGGAGGCGAAGCGGCAGUUGUAUGGUACCGUUGGUAUCGAUCUCGUAGCCGGGCCCACUGAGACGCUCAUCGUGGCCGAUGAGCAUGCUGACCCGUUGACCGUUGCGACUGAUCUCGUUUCUCAGGCGGAGCAUGGUCCGGACACUCCCGCGGUUCUCAUUACACCUUCCCAGGAUCUCGCGGAGAAGACGAUACAGUAUGUGGAUGCUUGUCUGGAACAUCUUUCCACGAAAGCUGUCGCUGCCGUCAGUUGGAGGGACCACGGCGAGGUCAUCGUAGUUGAUGACCUCGACGAAGCGUACCGGGUAGCCGAUACGUUUGCUUCCGAGCACGUGCAAAUAUUGACCCGGGAGCCCAGAGAGGCGCUGUCGAAGAUGAAACAGUUUGGCGCCCUGUUCCUUGGGGAGAAGACUUGCGUUAGCUACGGCGACAAGGUCAUUGGCACAAACCACGUUCUUCCCACCAGAAAGGGAGCGCGGUAUAGCGGCGGCCUUUGGGUCGGGAAGUAUCUGAAAACAUGCACUUACCAGGAGGUUGUGAGCGAGCAGGCGAGUGGUGAGCUAGGACGACUGUGCGGCCGGGCAUCUCGAGCGGAGAAUUUUGAGGCGCAUGCUCGGUCCGGAGAUCUCAGGGCGGCCAACUAUCUGAAGGAUUCUGUAUCCUGGAUUGAUGUUGCCAAGCAAGAUGUGAAAUUGUGA